ACCCCUCCUCCUCUCCCGGCCUCUUCUCCGGCAGCCCACCAUCACCACCAGGCACCCCCCCUCUUUUUUUUCCUCCGUGGGCCCGAGAUAUGGCAAUGGUAGUUAGCAGCUGGCGAGAUGCGCAAGAGGACGUGGCCGGGGGCGGCCCCACCGGAGCAGCUCAGCCGGGCCGGGACCCGCAGCAAGGGGCCUCGGCGGCCCCCCACACGCCGCAGACGCCCAGCCAGCCGGGCGCGCCGUCCACGCCGGGCGACAAGGGGCAGCAGCAGCAGGGAUCGGGCCAGAGCCAACAGCAGCAGCAGCAGCACAUCGAGUGCGUGGUUUGCGGCGACAAGUCCAGCGGCAAGCACUAUGGGCAGUUCACCUGCGAGGGCUGCAAAAGUUUCUUCAAGCGAAGCGUCCGCAGGAACUUAACGUACACUUGCCGGGCCAACCGGAACUGUCCCAUCGACCAGCACCACCGCAACCAGUGCCAGUACUGCCGCCUCAAGAAGUGCCUCAAAGUGGGCAUGAGGCGGGAAGCGGUUCAGCGAGGAAGGAUGCCUCCGAGCCAGCCGAACCCGGGCCAGUACGCGCUGACCAACGGCGACCCUCUGAACGGCCACUGCUACCUGUCAGGCUACAUCUCGCUGCUGCUGCGCGCUGAGCCUUACCCGACGUCCCGCUACGGCAGCCAGUGCAUGCAGCCCAACAACAUCAUGGGCAUCGAGAACAUCUGCGAGCUGGCGGCGCGGCUGCUCUUCAGCGCCGUCGAGUGGGCCCGCAACAUCCCCUUCUUCCCGGACCUGCAGAUCACCGACCAGGUGGCCCUGCUGCGCCUCACCUGGAGCGAGCUCUUCGUCCUCAACGCGGCCCAGUGCUCCAUGCCUCUGCACGUGGCGCCUCUCUUGGCCGCCGCAGGCCUCCACGCCUCGCCUAUGUCCGCAGACCGCGUGGUGGCCUUCAUGGACCACAUCCGCAUCUUCCAGGAGCAAGUGGAGAAGCUCAAGGCCUUGCACGUCGACUCGGCCGAGUACAGCUGCCUCAAGGCCAUCGUCCUCUUCACGUCAGAUGCCUGUGGCCUCUCGGACGCGGCGCACAUCGAGAGCCUGCAAGAGAAGUCUCAGUGCGCCCUGGAGGAAUACGUGCGGAGUCAGUACCCCAACCAGCCCAGCCGCUUCGGCAAACUGCUCCUCCGGCUGCCUUCUCUGCGCACCGUCUCGUCGUCGGUCAUCGAGCAGCUCUUCUUCGUCCGCUUGGUAGGUAAAACCCCCAUCGAGACGCUCAUUCGAGACAUGCUGCUCUCCGGCAGCAGCUUCAACUGGCCUUACAUGUCCAUCCAGUGUUCAUAGAGCACCUCCUGGGCUCCCCCGCUUAGAGACCCUGAGAGGAGGAGGAGGAGGAGGAGGAAGGCCUCCAGCCCAGCCAGAGACCGGCCCAGACAACAACCACCUUGGGGGCGCACGCAGCCGGGUGGGGGGAUCCGAGGAGAGAGAGAGGCAGAAAGAAAGAGGGGAGGAAGACAGACAGAGAGAGAGAGAGGAGCAGACCCCUCAGACACUGCACGAAAGACUCGCUUAGGAUCAGACCCCGGCUGAGAGAGGCGGUGAUGAUGAUGAUGAUAAUGAUGGUGAUGAAGGCGAAAUGGACACCUCGUAUUUUGUGGAACAAACCAUUGACACUGAGAUGGGAAACUUUAAACAAAAACCAUUUUAAAAAAGGACCGAAGAGAUUAAAACAAAAACUCCCCCCUAAAAAAAGAAGAAGACUAGAAUGGAUUUCCCUGGAUUUAUGAUGGAUGGACUGAGGUGGAUCUAUCGUCUGUACAGCAAAACAAAACACACAGUUUAAGAGACCGAACAAACAAACAAACAAAAACCUGGAGCCGAAUUGAACUGGUGGACGGGGUGAGGGAAAGAGGGAGGGGGACCCAAAGGCGAAACACUUUCCACGAACAUUGUUCUUCAUUUUGUAAGAUAUUAGUCUUUAUUUUCACUUUUUUUGUAAAAUUUAAAACAUCGUAUGCGCAUAAAGGAGGCGAGAGGGGAGGGGGAAAAACACCACAAGAAACAAACAAGAAUUAGGGGAGGGGGGAAAAUAACAUUUUCCAAAUAAUUAUUAAAAAACAACAACAAGGAAUUGUUCUGUGUGUAUGUAUCUAUAUCUGUUUUGUAUUUCUUUCUGGUUCCAAACCAGGCUUCCUGUGAUUCUAUACUAAUAAUUUUUUAUAUAA